AAUAAAAUACAAGGUCAUACACAAAUAAAAAGCAAUUUGAACAAUUAUAGCCCGAACCACGAGGAUACACAUUGCUGCAACAACAACACAUUGCUGAAACUAUAUAUGCUCAAUGGUUCAUUAAGUGUAAUCCAAUGCUUCACCUUGUUACCAAACUCUCUAUAACAAAGGCCUGCGUAGUCACGAAAAUAAUCCCUGUCCAGUAAAAUAAUAUGUAAUACAUCAGAUAUACAUUAAAAAGAAAGCUAUUAGAUGCAAUAGAUGCCACCUAUCUUGAAAAAUUGCCAAGUCAAAGGGAACAAUGUGAUAAUGUCUUGUAUAUACUUGAAUUCAAUUUAAAUUCUCCAAUUAGGUUUUACUACCAAUCCGAUUGCUUGUGCUUAAGGCUUCAUUGUCAGAUUCAAUUCACGCUUUUAUCUAAUCAACAACAUCCUAGGGAUUCCUAGCUCUAAACACCUUGCAAUUUCAAGAUUUUCUGGGCUCAAAUUUGGGGGUUUAACCACUAGAUACCUUUCUUUAUCCUCUUUUUUUUAAUGAUGCUUGGAACUUACAGGUACAAUGCAAUCCACUAACUUGUUACCAAGACGUAGUGUGCCACCACAAAGGGAAACGCCAAAAAGUUCAGUGCAUAAUUCAGGUUUAACAGUAGAGACCAAGAGGUCUGUUGAAAUUGCUUCUCAACCCAAGAAUCUCCAUGGCCACACCAAUGAGAGAUCGUCUGUCAUCGAUCCUCAGGAAGAUGCCUUACUUACGCCUCCUUCCUUCACCGCUACUAUCACCAAUACCUAUGAUGACAAGUAUAAUCCAUUUGGAGGGCACAUCAAGGAAGAUCAACUUACCUGCAAAGCUGGUGUUGACAUCAAUGUUUCCUCUGGUGCACAAUCUAAACAUUGUCAAAUGGUGGAGGGUUCAAGGAAAGUCAAAUUUUCACUGGCCAGCUCUGCCAAUUCACAGGGAACUGAUGGUCAAAUGGCCACCAGAAUGGAUUUGGCCACCAGAUUGGACAACUUACCUUCUCAUAUGGAUUCACUUGCAUUGACAGAGUUGGAGUGGGACGCGGUUAAUCAAGCAGAGAUUUCCAAUGUCAUUAACAAUGAACCAAAACUUCAGGAUGCUGUCAGUGCUGAUGCAGAUGGUUGUUCGAGAGGUGAUGGAGGCUCUUCAGUACUAGCAGUAAGAAUGUCAUCUCUUCAGAACCAGCUGCACCACUUGAGAGAUUUCCUGCAUAAUGAUGUAAGCCAUCCAAUGACCCAAUCCAAGAAAUCCAACAACAUAACUUGCAGCAAGCUAAAGUACCGGCUGAUUUAUAAGUGAGUAUGACUUGCCUAGAAAAGAAUUAAUGUUAGAGAACAAGUUCUUAGGGCUUAUUUUCUAAAAGAGGCACAAUAUGAUGCCAAAAAUUUUUACAAAC